AUGCCUCAACAAUAUGUAUUCUCAGAUCUGAAAGAGCCCACAAACUUCCGUCUCAUGACAAUUUUUCCUGGCAAUUUCGAAGAAGCCUUACAGUGCACCAUUUCAGAAUGUCAACUGCAAACCUCUUUACCCUACGAAGCGCUUUCGUAUGCGUGGGGCGCCACUGAAGCACUGGAUGAAUGUCAUCCUAUCAUAUCUUUAAACAAAGAAGAAUUUACCAUCUCCUCUACACUAGAACAGGCGCUGCGCAGAUUGCGGAGACUAGAUACGGCACGGGUCAUGUGGAUCGAUAGAGUCUGCAUUGACCAAGAUAACAUUGAUGAGCGCAAUAGACAAGUAGCUAUGAUGCCCGAUAUAUAUCGUGGCGCUGUGAGAGUAAUAGCAUGGGUUGGAGAAAAGUCAUGCGACAGCGACCGUGCCUUAUCAUUUCUAAAAGAGAUGGUUAUGCAUCAUAAAUACACUAUGCGGCAUUGGUGGAUUGAUGGUGCCAGAUUAGGCAGCGAUACGAGUUCCGAGUGCGGUGAAGGAAAACGGGCUGAUUAUACCAACGAAUCAGACGAUGUUAGCUCUAGUAGUUUCGCAGACGACAUCACGCAGCCUAGACUGCCCAGGUUUGACGAACAAGAAACGAGUGAGAUGAAAGGCAUGAGCCGGAGUGACCUCUGGAAACAGAUCACGCUCAACCAAAGGCAACGAGGGCACAUCUUUACGGGCUGUCCAGUACUAUACGACUCCUCAUACAUCCCAUUCUUCAAGAACUCUCGACAGCUAGACUGGGAAGCCGUUGACCAUCUACUCGCAAGGCUAUGGUGGUCGCGCACCUGGGUUGUGCAGGAGGUCUGGCUGGCAAAAGACGCUAUACUCCUAUGUGGUGACUCUUCUCUUAAGUGGAAAACGUUUAAAAAGGCUAUGGAAUACCAAGAGGGAUGGGACGAUAUGGGCUGUUUGGUCCCGAGGCACCAAGAGAAGAGGCUAUUGGGUAGCAGGCUCUCUGAUAUCCUAUGGAACACUUGGGACAGGGAUGCUACAGACCCGAGAGAUAAAGUAUUUGCGAUUUUAGGACUGGUCGGCGAGUACUAUCGCGCUCCUUUACCGAAUAUCGACUAUUCCAAGUCUACCGAGGAAGUAUACCAAGAAAUCGCCUCUCUCAUUAUCACCGAGGAAAACUCUCUGGACAUUCUGCUUGCCGCAUCCGGCUUGACUGGUGGAGCAAAUCUGCCCUCUUGGGUUCCAGACUGGAGACGAAGCGCAAACGAAUGUCGGCCAGCCCUUUUCGUCAAUGCCUCGUUUAUGCGGAUGCAAUGUUAUCACUCUGGCUCGACGGAUGCUGUAUAUUUCCAUGGCCACGGAUAUUCUGCAUCAGGAGCCAUGGAACCGCAUGUGAUAUUUCAUGAUAACCUCAGAAUUUUACAGGUCCGUGCCGUAGUGUUCGACACCAUAGCUGAGGUGUCGACGGACUUUGACAAUGUUUUGAGUGCGGCCAAUAUUGUUGAGCACGCAGAAAGUCUCAUACGUAACUCGCAAACUAGCGGGUCUUUAUCAUCAAAGAGUGCGAUUAGUGACAAAGAUUUGAAGAAAGUCCUCACUGCAGGGUGCUUUAUUGACAACAGAAGUUUGCGAACCGAGAACAUGGUAAUCGAGAAUGUUAUGAGAUCAAGGCGGUUUUUCAUCACGAAUGGCGACCAUCUCUCCAUUGGGCCGUCCAAAUUGCAGAUUGGAGAUGUCAUUUCCAUUAUCGCUGGCUGCAACUUUCCAAUGGUUCUCCGCGCUGUCGGCAGCUACUUCAAAUUGGUCGGAGAGGCUUAUAUUCAAAACCAUAUGACAGGAGAGAUUUUGGAGUGUUAUCCGGUUGAGUCGGCGCACUGGAUCGAUAUCUGUAUAACAUGA